AUGAAUAAAUCUUAUUGUUCUUCACAUGAAUAAGAGGAAUAAAAGUAUAUUUGUGUCCAUCCUACUUGUCUUCAAAAGGCAGAUAAUAAGCUGUGUUGUAGUUGUUGUUUCCAAUAAAAUCAUAGAGAAAAAAAGGCUGAAUAACAUAAAAUUAUAACAUUGUCUGAACUUGAGAAAACAGCUCAUGCAAAUUAUACAAGCUUGAAAGAACAUCUGCUCAACGAAGUUAAGAAGAACUCAGAAUUACAUGCAUAGAUAGAAGAACAAUUAUCAGCUAUUCUACUUUCUCUAACUAAUUGGUAAAAUAAUCAAAAAAAAAUGUUCAAUGAUAUCACUGAAAAUUCCAGCUAGGUCUUAGCUCAAAAUAUAUAAAAGGCUGAAAAUCUAAUAGAAAAUCCGUCAUUAGAUACAUUUAUUUAUUUUUAUAAGUUCAAUUUACAAGACAAAUAGAAUGAAAUGUAAGAUAUUAGGGACUAAUCAACGAGAUAACUAAAUUAUUAAUUAAAUUAAAUUGAAAUGAAGAGGGAUAUAUUGAUAAAUUAAAAAAAUUUUAUUGAAAGAGAACAUUUUCUGAAAUUUGCUUAAAUGGAUUACUAAAUAGAAGUAGAUAAUCUAAAUAACUUUUAAUUUGAAUAGUGUGAGUUACAUUUAAGUUAAAAGGAGUUAUUAUGUACCCAUCUCAAAUGUUUAGAGAAAGAUCCAUUAAAAUUAGAGUGCUCGCUCUGUAUUUUACAAGAUCACAAAGAACAUCAAUAAGAUAAUUAUAUUAAAACUCUUGCCAUAGUAAUGAAAGAAUAAACAGAAAAAAGAGAACUAAUUGAAUAAUUAACGAAGAAAUUUAAUAAAGAUAUUAACAAAUCAAUUAAGACGAAUUUAUAAAAAAUUGAUAAAAACCAAAACAAUUCUUAUGAGAGUUAUGAAUAAUAAAAAGAAUCAGCAGUUUUCUUAGGAUAACAAUAAUUAAGUUGCAUUUUAAAACCUGAAAUUCCUAACUAUAUUUUUGGUCAUCUUGAUUAAAACCUACUUACAAAAACUAAAGAAUAAAUUAAUUUUAGUUAUGAUUAGUUUUAUUAAAACUUUGAAAGUAAAUUUUCUAAAAUCUUUUCUGAUUAAGUCAUUGAUGUACUAAACUAUUGUACUGAAUUAGAUUUCAAUUCAUAAAGAACCAAUUAAUACAUCAUUAAUUUAGAAAAGGAACUUGAAAUGCAAAAACAAAAAGUUGAGGAACAAGAAAUAAUAAUUUAAUCUAAUACGCUUAACCAUUCAAAAAUUAAAUAGUAAUUAAACACUCAAAAUGAUACAAUUACUAAUUUUCUUUAAAAACUGGAAAAAGAAAUUUCUAAUUUAUAAUCCCUAAAUUUAGUAAAAUCAGAUUUGGAAAAUAAAAAAGUUUAAGAUUUAUAAAAUAGUUUUUAAGCAUCAAUUGAUAAUUUUUAAUCCUUAACUUUUAAAAAUUCAGAAUAAUAAAAUACUUAAAUUAACAAUUUAUAAAAUAGUCUUUAAUCAUCAAUUGAUAAAUUGUAAUCAAUCACUUAAAAAAAUUCAGAAUAGUAAAAUUAGAAUUUUAAAGAUAUUUCUUAAUAAAAGACUUCUUAAAUAAAUUCUGUGUCUAAAAUUUAAAUUUGGUUUUUCAUAAUUGUGAUUUGUUUCUUAUAUUAUCUUCGAAAUGAACUAGAUAGCAUAGUUAAACUGAAUUAAGAGUAAUUACAUGAUCUAAAUGUAUUGAGAUUUGAGUGUUAUAAACGACCUUGA